AUGGGUGUCAAUCUGAAAGUUCUUGCCGUGUCGGCCUUGGCCGCUGUUAGCAAUGCCUCUCCUCUCUUGUAUCCUCGAGCUGCAGAUUCGAAUGUCACCUAUGUGUUUACCAACUCCAAUGGCUUGAACUUCACUCAGAUGAACACCACUCUGCCCAAUGUCACCAUCUUUGCGACAGGCGGCACCAUCGCCGGCUCUAGCGACGACAACACGGCGACAACAGGCUACAAGGCCGGUGCAGUGGGCAUCCAAACCCUCAUUGAUGCAGUGCCGGAGAUGCUGGACGUCGCCAACGUGGCCGGCGUACAAGUCGCCAACGUCGGCAGCCCAGACAUCACCUCGUCCAUUCUUCUCGCGCUUUCCAAGAAGAUCAAUGAUGUCGUCUGCAACGAUCCUUCCAUGGCCGGCGCAGUGAUCACCCACGGCACCGAUACCCUAGAAGAAUCCGCCUUCUUCCUCGACGCCACAGUCAACUGCCGCAAGCCCAUUGUGAUCGUUGGCGCCAUGCGUCCCUCAACCGCCAUCUCCGCCGAGGGCCCGAUCAACCUUCUCCAAUCUGUCAGCGUGGCCACCAGCGCCAAAGCCAGAGACCGCGGCGCAAUGAUCGUUAUGAACGACCGAAUUGUCUCGGCCUUUUACGCCUCCAAGACAAACGCCAACACCGUGGACACCUUCAAGGCCGUUGAAAUGGGUAACCUGGGCGAGGUCGUCUCCAACAAGCCCUACUUCUUCUACCCGCCUGUUCAGCCCACCGGCAAGACCGAAGUCCAUGUCUCGAACAUCACCGCAAUCCCUAGAGUAGAUAUUUUGUACUCUUAUGAGGAUAUGCACAGCGACACUUUGUACUCUGCCAUCGAGAAUGGCGCCAAGGGUAUUGUCGUUGCUGGCUCUGGUGCUGGCUCUGUCUCUAGCUCAUUCAGCGAUGCCAUCUCAGACGUAACGUCCAAGCACAAUAUCCCUAUCGUUGCCAGUACACGUACCGGAAACGGUGAGGUGCCUUCCUCUGACGAGACCACUCAGAUCGCAAGUGGGUAUUUGAACCCGGCGAAAUCGCGCAUUCUUCUUGGUCUGCUGCUUGCGGAGGGUAAGAGCGUUGAGGAGAUUAAUGAGGCCUUUGCAAAGAUUGGAGUUGCUUAA